GGCGGUUUCAAAUAUAUUAUUGUUAUUUGCCGUUCCCUUCCUUUGGUUUAUUGACAUUAAGAUCGACGUGAAAACAAUUUGUUAAGUACUUCAUUAAUAUGCAAAGGUGUUGCCAUUGAAUCACCACAUUUUUGCUGAGAACAUCAAUCAGAAAUGCAAAAUAUACUAUAAUCCUCAUUGAAAUCGUAUAGUUUUCUAGACUUCCUGUUAGACUAUUUCUCAAGGGAAUUGCAUUUUCAAUGCAAUUGAUAAGAAAAAAUGUGUUAUAGAAAUUAAUUUCUGAGAAGAUUUAUAAAAUCUUUAUAAUCUAGAUUGGCAUGAGCAGCGCACGGAUCAAGAUCAUGAAGUUUUAUAUGAUGUGUGUUUUAUUAUUCAGCUGUGGCAGCAUUUUUUCCAAUGGACAAAACAAUAAAUUGGAAGUUGUCUACGACAAAGCCGAAAGAAUGGUUUCAAGUUUUAAAAUGCAGCUGGAAGAACUAAAACAGAGCUACAAGGAGAUGUCACCAUCAAAAGAACAUCACGGUGAUGUUCUUAAUCCUUCAUCUUGUCUGGCUGCUGGCAUUAAUACGAAUGGCGUGCAUGUUAUAGAAGUGCCCGGAAUAAAGCCUUUUUCUGUAUUUUGUGACACUCGACUGGCGGGAUCGGGAUGGACUGUUAUCCAAAGACGUCAAGAUGGGGGUGAAAACUUUUAUCGCAGUUGGGAGGAGUACAGCCAGGGAUUCGGAAAGCUCACUGGAGAAUUCUUUUUGGGACUGGAGAAAAUUCACUUUCUAACUGCUGCGGAACCCUACGAACUAUAUGUUUACAUCGAGGACUUUUAUGGAGAUUCACGAGAGGCUCAAUACGAUGACUUUGCCAUCGGCAACGCAUCCGAGUCCUAUUCACUGAAACUUUUGGGAAAAUACUCCGGAGAUGCCGGCGAUUCCUUGAAAUACCACAAGGGAAUGCCGUUCUCCACAUUUGAUCACGAUGUUUUGGGCCAUGGAUGUGCCAGGAUUAAUGUGGGAGCCUGGUGGUACGAUCAGUGCCAGAGAAGCAACCUCAAUGGCCAAUACUUGGAGAAUGGUAGAUUCGAGAGCAAGCUCUCUGGUCGCGGGAUCACCUGGAUGACCUGGCGUGGCUACGAUUACGGUUACAAGUUCACACAAAUGAUGAUCAGGCCCAAGUGUUCCAACAACCUACGAAGGCAGCGAAUGCAAAAUGCCUUCAAGGCCCAUUGAAUUCCACACGAAAACCGAAUGGAAAUCGCUUUAUUUCUUGAUAAACACUAUCAACGUUUUGAGCUUUUAUUUACAUUUUGAUAAUAACCGUUUCCCGCUGA